UUUCCAAUUGAUGCGAGGUUUCAGCGAGAUGCUGGAAGGAAGAGCUGUAGUGCGUGAGACGGACAUGGCAGAAGCGAUGCGAAGCCAUGUGAUGGAAUUAGCUUACCAAGCUCUCGACCUACACGAGUCCUCCGAUUUACAGGCCAUUGCUCAUCAUAUCAAGCAGGUCAUAAACUCACCUAUGUCCCUUAGCAUUAAUGAGACUAGCUUUGUUCUUUCUUUGCACGGUUUGAGGGGUAACCAUUAUUACUGGUUCAACCACUUGCUAAAUACUCUCUGCUUCUGCUUUUCGCAAACAAAUCACAGAAAUUUGACGAAGCUUACGGUCCAUCAUGGCACUGCGUGGUCGGGAAGGAUUUCGGGUCUUGCAUCACUCACUUAUGUGGGUGCUUUGUGUUCUUCCACAUCGACGCGAUGGAGUUUCUCAUCUUCAAGGACGGCAAGGACUUCCCUGAAAGCAAGGAAGAGGCAGUCGGAGUCCUGCAAAGGAGCAGAAGCAGUUCUUGAACUUUCUAUAUUGCUCAGGAGACACAGCAAACAAGAACAGCUCGCACGUUCAAGCAGCUCCACCUUCAUCGCUGAAAAUCGAAAAAAAGGUGAUUAGUAAUACCAGCACAUGAGAGCUUCUCUGUUGAGUUAAAGAUUCUCAUGAGCGACGUGCAAAU